CAUGGUUCCCGGGCCGCUGCGUCCGCUGCCGCGGCUCCUCUUGCUGGGGCUCGGGCUGGCGCUGCUGGGCGCGGCGGGCGGGGAUCGAGUGCCAGGCACCACCCCCUGCUCUCACGGCAGCUCCUGGAGCGCGGACCUCGACAAGUGCAUGGACUGCGCGUCUUGCUCGGCGCGACCACACAGCGACUUCUGCCUGGGCUGCGCUGCAGCCCCUCCAGCCUCCUUCCCACUGCUGUGGCCCAUCUUGGGGGGUGCUCUGAGCCUAGCCCUCGUGCUGGGACUGCUUUCUGGCUUCUUGGUCUGGAGACGGUGCCGCAGGAGAGAGAAGUUUACUACCCCCAUUGAGGAGACCGGCGGGGAGGGCUGUCCUGGUGUGGCACUGAUCCAGUGACAGUGAGAGCCCUUGCCAGCAGGAGGCCCCACCCACUCAUCAUUCAUUCAUUCAUUCAUUUUGGAGCCAGCCCCCUCACUCCAGACACAGCCAGAGCCACUCUUCCAACAACAGGGGUGUGGAGGGAUGGGGGACUGGUGAAUCAGCUCUCCGAGGCCUGGGCCCAGGCUUCAGAGGAGCCUUCCAAGGUGUCUGACUGCCCUGUCUCUGGCUCCAGAAUAGGAAAGGAGACCCACGCUGGCUCACACCAGACAGCUGACACUAAGGAACCGCAGCAUUUGCACAAAGGGUCCCUCCCUCCGCCCCCAUGGCCCAAGGGCCCGAGGGCCAGACAUCAUCAGGCCCCACCCACUCGGACGUUCUGAAAUUCCACCAUGGGGUCUCUGUCUGGGGGGUUAGGGACCUGUUGCUAACACUAGGGGGCUGGCCCUCUAGGGGGGCUGGCCCUAAGACACUGUCCCCCCUACCCUCAAAGGGGGGGAAAUAUUUAUUUUGGGGAGAG